AUGAACAACUUGUUGGACGUCGUCCUUGCCUUCAUAGUAAUGCUCGGUAUCGUUCAAGCUGCUGCUAGCCUCGUCGAUUAUGUUAACGUUUUAGCCGGUACUUCUAAUACUUAUGAGUUGUCUACUGGUAGCGCCACGCCCCUCAUGGGCCGACCAUUCGGCUUCAAUCAUUGGUCUGUUCAAACCGAACCCGACCAUGAUCCUAAACGCUACUUCAACCCGGCCUCGAGAAGCUUCUACGGUGUACGAUGCACUCACCAACCGUCCGUAUGGUUGGGCGACUAUGGUUAUUUUCUCGUUAAUGCUAUCAUUUCCCGUGACGAACCACAGCAAUCUGUGUCGUUCGCUCCGCUGCAGACUACUUACAAGCCACACUACUUCAAGUCAUCGGCUCUGUAUCCUGGUAACGCUGAUAUGGGUGGCGCUAGGAUUGAAAUGACCCCGACGGAACAUGCUGCAUUUUUUCGGUUUUCAUUCCCACCCAAGGUGAAUUCAGCGGUGCUCGUGAGACUAUUCGACUAUAACUCAUCGACACCAGUCGUGCUCGACAAGGAGGGUCGUUUUUCUACUCAAACCAGUGUUAACAACGGUGGUGUAUUGCCUGGGUUCGCCAUGUUUAUCAAUGGGGCAAUUGACCCACCACCUGCACGCAUGCGCAACGUAGAUGGUUCAAUCAUGCUGGAGUAUGAUGCUGCGGAAAAUAAUAAAAGACUUUCGGUACACCUCCGUAUCGCUACUUCUUUUAUCUCUAAUGAACAAGCUCAAGUAAAUUUGGCGAGGGAGUUACCUUUGUGUAAGAACUUUGAUACUUUCGUGAAGGAAGGUGAAGACGUAUGGCAAACACGCCUAAGUCUGGUUACCUAUGAUACAGUACAGCGAAACAGUAACUUUUUGAGAACUUUUUAUACCAAUUUCUAUCGAACUAUGCUGUUCCCGAGACUCCUUGGUGAAUAUGAUCAGAAUAAUCAACUCGGGCACUACAGUGUUUAUACUGGGAAAGUCGUUCCCGGCGAGUUGACGACUGACAGUGGCUUUUGGGAUGCUUACAGGACGGUUUACCUCUGGUUAAGUGUUGCCGCUCCGGACAUUCUAGAUCGUCUUUUAGAGGGGUGGGUGAAUGCCUAUAAGGAAGCUGGAUGGUUACCGACGUGGGCGUCACCUGGCCAGAGGGGCUCUAUGGUUGGCACUAUGGGGGAUGUGGUUCUUGGUUGGGCGAUAAUUGCCAACAAGACGCCGCAUUUGGCUGAUGAUAUGUACGCGGCCAUCCGGAAAGAUGCUUUUGUGGAACGUCCUAAGAACUCGCAGUUUGGAAGAGAAGGACUUAGCGCGUACUCCGACCGAGGAUACAUUCCGGUUAAAUCAAGUGUGUCCGAGGUCGUAUCGAGAGGCCUCAAUUUCGCCGAGGGCGACUCUGUGAUUGCAGCAGCAGCGUCCAAACUAGGACACUAUUCUGAUGCUAGCGUUCUCUAUGGCAGAGCUCAGAAUGCCCUGGAGAAGUCCUUCAAUACUGAGAGCAAAUUGUUCGAGCCGCUCGAAGCUAGCGGGAACUGGAUUUCUCCGUUCGACCCGUCAUUGUGGUCAGAUGAGUUCUUUACUGAGGCUUCAGCGCGCCAGUAUCGCUUCUAUGCGCCUUUCAAUGUGGAUUUCCUCAUCACGAAGUAUGGUGGCCGAGAAGCACUCUGUGAGCACUUGGAGAAUCACUUCAGUGAACAGGUGUGCCCAGUUUACACAAGCGGUAAUUUUGGUUUACUCCACGAAGAAACCGAGUUGGGACUUACGAGCGAAGAUUUUGGUCAAUAUGGUCACAAUAACCAGCCGUCCCAUCACGUCUUGGGUAUCGCUGUCGCCGCUCAGUGUUUCCACGUCGCUGAUAAGUACAUGGAAAAAGUUUUGACGGAGCUAUACACUCCUGAUGGAUGGUCCGGUGAUGAAGACAACGGUGAGAUGGCGGCUUGGUAUAUGCUUAACUCUUUGGGUUUCUACAUGAUUGAUUUUGCCAAGGACGAAUUACUGUUGUUCGCUCCCUUGGUAAAGGGAAACUACACAAUAUCAUUGCUAGGCGAGAAGACAGCAGUUCGGGUUGAGAACGUCGAUCUAACCGGUGGGCACGCGAGUAGCCGUCCGUAUGUGUGUGAAGUACGUUGGUACCCGUUGCGUGGCAAUAUCAAUGCUGCUGAGCUCGAGCUGGAUUCGGCCAGAUCUGUUCGUGGGUUGACGAGAAGACCUGAGCCUGUUGAUUAUGUUGUUCUUGAAACUCGUCGACUGGCUCGUGCUGACUUCGUUAAAGGUGGAUGUUUGGUCUAUUUCACUAGUGCAUCACGUUGUUGA